AUUCCAUAAGCCAGAAUGCCUCCGGUCAUAAUGCGAGAUUUUGAUCUCACGUUGCACGUCUUUUGCCAGCUAUCGGCGUUAGCAGCACACAUUGACGUCGGUGUGAGUCAUUGCCCUCCAUUUUUGUUUAAUCAGGAGCAACCUUGAAAGAGAUGCCGCUUACUGUAUGGUGGAGCUGCUGAGACGCGCACAAAGCAUCGCGAGGACGAAGACGAAUUUCUCGCAGGCGUGGGGUCUCGUGUACCCACAAUCGCGAUUGUCAAGUUUUCGCUGGUGUACAGAGUGAGCAUCGUGUUUGAGGGUGGGAAGGGAUUGUCGAAGCCAUGGAUUGGGAGGGGCAGAGGUUAGCUGAGCAACUGAUGCAGUACUUUCUUCUGGGAUCUGCGGUGGUGGCUUUCAUUGUGGGCUAUGUCCUCGGCUCCUUCACUUUCAUGCUUUAUAUUUAUCUUGCUGGAGUGGUAGUGACGUUUAUCGUGACAGUUCCCGACUGGCCUUUCUUCAACCGUCAUCCGCUGACGUGGUUGGAACCCAUGUAUGCCGAGAAGCCGAGCCAACGGCUACUGGCGAGACGACAGGCCGAGGGGAAGAAGGGCGCCAAAGCGUCAUCCAAGCGAUAAGGAAUUGCGGCAGUUGGAAGAGUACUACACAUCGUGCAUCAUUAGUCUAUGUUGUCGGAUUCGUGAAAUGCUUUCGAGGUUCGCAUAUGGGGUUGGAGGAGACGAAACCCUACAUGCUGCGUGGUGCAGAUUAUGGUAUAUAGUUCUUAUUAGUCUCUAGCGCUUGUUAUCGACGGGACAAUUGAGGUUUAAGGUCAAUUGUAUCAGAAGCAAAGUAGCAUGGAUCUGUUUGUUAUUGACGCGCAUGAAAUCAAAUCGGAAGCCUUGUCGUGGUUGCAUUGCUCGC